GCGGGAUCCUUCUGCACCACCUGAGGGUCUCCAAAGAAGGGCGGCAGAAAGAGCUUCCAUGACCUUUGCCCUCCGCUUUCCAGAGCUCCAGUUCUUUCCCCAGAGGUACCUGCUAGAAUGGAGGGAGCUGGCCAGGGCAGAGAAGAGGUUUCUGCUCAGACCCCUGCCAGGUGGCCCGAGGCAGCCGGGAUGACAGUUCUGCCCAGGAACCCUGCUACCUGCUGAGGAACAUGAUCAGCAAGUCCCCUCCUCUGUGCAUGUGCCCUGCAGGCUGGAAGCUCCUGGCCAUGCUGGCUCUGGUCCUGGUUGUCAUGGUGUGGUAUUCCAUCUCCCGAGAAGACAGAUACAUUGAGCUUUUUUAUUUUCCCAUCCCGGAGAAGAAGGAGCCGUGCUUUCAGGGUGAGGCAGAGAGGAAGGCCUCUAAGAUCUUUGGCAACCACUCCCGAGAUCAUCCCCUCUUCCUGCAGCUUAAGGACUAUUUCUGGGUCAAGACACCAUCUGCCUAUGAGCUGCCCUACGGGACCAAGGGAAGUGAAGACCUACUCCUCCGGGUGCUAGCUAUCACCAGCUACUCCAUACCUGAGAGUAUCCAGAGUCUCAAGUGCCGCCGCUGUGUGGUGGUGGGGAAUGGGCACCGGCUGCGGAACAGCUCUCUGGGAGAGGCCAUCAACAAGUACGAUGUAGUCAUCAGAUUGAACAAUGCCCCAGUGGCUGGCUACGAGGGCGAUGUGGGCUCCAAGACCACCAUGCGUCUCUUCUACCCGGAGUCUGCCCAUUUUGACCCUAAAGUGGAGAACAACCCAGACACGCUUCUGGUCUUGGUAGCUUUCAAGGCAAUGGACUUCCACUGGAUUGAAACCAUUCUGAGUGACAAAAAGCGGGUGCGAAAAGGUUUCUGGAAACAGCCUCCCCUCAUCUGGGAUGUCAACCCCAAACAGGUGCGGAUUCUCAACCCCUUCUUCAUGGAGAUUGCAGCUGACAAGCUCCUGAGCCUGCCCCUACAACAACCACGCAAAAUCAAACAGAAGCCGACCACAGGCUUAUUGGCCAUCACCCUGGCCCUCCAUCUCUGUGAUUUGGUGCACAUUGCUGGCUUUGGCUACCCAGAUGCCUACAACAAGAAGCAGACCAUUCACUACUAUGAACAGAUCACACUCAAGUCCAUGGCGGGGUCAGGCCACAAUGUCUCCCAAGAGGCCUUGGCUAUCAAGCGGAUGCUGGAAAUCGGAGCGGUCAAGAACCUCACAUACUUCUGACUCAGCAAGACCUUAAGCCUGUGGGUUGCCCAUUGUGCUGCCUGGAUGAUCCCCAUCUGCGGUGUGGGUGCUUUGUGCCAGCACUACCCACUUACACUCACCCUCCACUGAGGGGGAGGGCGUCGCAGACUGGCCAGAUCUGAAAUGAGGCCAUGCCCCUGGCUGCUCAUGUGGGGCCCGGAUCCAGCCAGGGUAGAGGCACUGAGGCCUCAGAGCCCGGCCAAGGCAGAGGACUUGUUGCCAAGGCAAAUGCUCUCUGCCAGCACCGAGAGAUUAUUUAAUGGGCUAUUUAAUUAAGGGGUAGGAAUGUGCUGUGGGCUGGUCCCAUGGCAUCUAGAAAAGGGGCAGGGUACAGUGUUCUGCCCACUUUUUAUAAAAACUUCCAUGUCAUGGGCAAACUAAGGCCCAGACCCCGAGCUAGCCUCCCAGGAGGGUGGAGGCAUUGGGAAUUGGUAUGUGUCCUCCAGAGAGGGGCUGCUACCUCCCAGCAGGCAUGGGAAGAGCACUGGGAAGGGGGUUCCACCGAGAAGGGGACCUCAGCUUGAAGAGAGGUUUCAAACCUACCAUUAAAAUAUUUUUUCCUAAAACGGAAGCA